AUGAGGCUUCUUGUAACUCUAUGCACAAUCUGCAUAGUGUUACUGUCCAACUGUGGAGGUGGUGGAAACCCAGGUUCCCAGGGUCGAGCGGUGGCCAGAGCUGUUCCCAGCACACCAAACCCACAGGUCUCUCCGCAGAGUCCACUAAGGACAAGUGGAGAGGCCAAACUAACGGAAGGUUACCGGAAUCCUUCUACAUCUGGUCGACCUAUUCCACAAGGACGAGCUGCUAAACCUGGUACACAGGCUCCUCAGAAGCAACCACAGACAAAUGGACAGUCAGCAGCUCAACCUGCUCAACAGGGAGUUUCUCAGCAAAAACUUCCACAAGAGCCAGCCGCUAAAGCUGUUCAGGAAGCACCAAAACCUGCAGCUGUUUCGCAGGCCAAGGCGGUAGUCACAACUACUCCUGGCACACCGGGUCCACAAAAUCCACAUACAAACAAAGUAGAGGCACCUAUUAAGGGUGGCCAACUCACUCCUGUUGCUAUAAAUGGGCUUGACACAGUCCAAGAUAAUUCUACUGAAUCCAAAGACGGCCACCUCGAUUUAGCCAAUGCAGAUCCUUCAAAGGUACUUGUGGACAAGAUAGAGGAGGGAGAUGUCAUACACUACAUGUACCAUCCCAACGGAGCUACAAGGAUUCUCUCUGUAAAAUUUGGUCAAACUACUCUUUGGAAAGCAGGUAAUACUAAUAGGCUACUGCGUGUCCACGCAUAUAAGAAACGUGGCUCUUCCUUCCUCGUCCAUCUCUAUGUUAAACGUGAAAGCAUGGAGGCUCACAGAUACUUUGAAAAAGACAACGACCAGUGGACUGAACUGAGAAUAGACGAUUUUAUACCAAAGUAUGAAAAAUUGGUACUGUCAAGACCAGCUGGACUGACGGAUCCUAAUAAUCUAAGGAAGGUUUCUGGUCACCUGCAUGACUAUCUAAGAGUUUUUGAUAUAGAAAAUCCUGAUGGGUCACUCUGUAAAACAUUCAAAUGUAUUAUGGACAAUGUUGAGACACUGUUGGUAUCACCGUUUUUGGGAUUAAAGGAGAUAAAGUGCGGUUCUACCAGUUUAUGGAAAGCUGAAAACGAUGAAGAAUGCGGUUUUCUGAAGAUACACUAUGUAUAUGGCGUUCCCACUAUGAUUCAUUUAACUGGGGAACGUGGCCCUCAUGUUAUUGGUUACGCAGUAAAAAAGGAUAAAAGUGAUGACAGUAAAUGGAAGGGUGUUAUUAACUAUGACACGGAACUUAAAGAAUUAAUUACAGAUUUUUCAGAUAAUAUUACUGGAUUUGUAUUGGACCUUGAAGAUAUACAAAAUACAGAGGAAUCUUCUGUUCUUAAACUCAGUCUCUUUGGAAUGCCUACGUUGGUAUUUAUUCCAAAACCAAGAUUCUACACAACCAGAAUUACUUAUGGUGAUAUACAACUUUAUGUAUCUGACCAGGGUAAGAUUGAAAGGGUUAAUGUUGCUUAUGUAACUCGCUACAGCUCGAGUAUUUCUCUGAUGUUCAUAGUUAUUUCAGAUAAGGAUUGUGCUUCCGUACAGUUUCGCCUAAAAGAAGGCGAUAUGUUUUACAUUAUAAGCGAGAGAAGAUAUUUUCAACUAUUAGAAAGUAUGAAAAAUAGGAAGAUUGACUACAAUUACCAUACUUAUGAUAUGUCAUCACCUGACUCAGGAUUCCAAGCUGUGGACUCCUCUGUGGGUAGCAUACCAGCAAAGUUACAUGUUCCUGGUCCCUCAACUUGCGUAAACAAACUCGCACUAGAUGACGAUGUGAUUUGGAUGGCUUAUGUUGGUGGCGAAGUUUGUGCCUUUGCAAUAACAUACCUUAAAAAAGGGAACCCUUACAUUUUACAUAUAAUGAGGGUCAACCAUACUGGACAAGAAGAGAUAUAUUACGUAAAAGGAGAUAAUGGAUGGGAGGAAUGCAAAAAACCUAAUAAAAUUCUGGCUGGUCAUAAAACAUCUGGAAACCCUAUAAGUUUUGAGCUAGACCUGUCUUCACAGAAAGAUGAUGAUAAUUUACAAGUAGUUGAUAUGAGAGCUUCCGUAAUUCCAUUGAUUCUUUUUAUUCCAAAGGCCAACCGUGUUGCAACUUCUAUUAAAUAUGGUAAAGAAGUGGUAAUUGGAAGUGUAGAUAAGAAGAAAAGGGUUGCUUUUGCUGUACUUUAUUUCAAGGAAAAGAAGCCAUUCCUCCUGUACAUACUUCUUAGAGACUCUUCUUGUAAGCCAGAAAAAAAGUACUAUUAUAGAGAUGACAACAAGUGGAAGUCUGUAACGUGGAAUUUCCGGUGGAGGGUAUGGACUAUACGGAGUACGAUUAAGGAGAACUUUAACAAAAAAUUGGGUACAAUUGCAGCUUUUGAGUAA